AGAAGAUCUUCACUGCCGCUGCAUCUCAACCUCCACAUCAACGAACCACUUCAACGACGACGACGCGCAAUGAAGCGCUCAGCACUGCGACUGGCUCAGGCAGCAAAACACGCACACGCUGCAGGGGGUCAAGGUGCAGCAUCAGGCCCUCCAUCACCCUACAGCUGGAUCAACCCCGACAAGGCGGCUUCAACAAGUGGCCCACUCGGAGGACGCCUCAUUGCAAUUAAAGAUAACAUUUCGUACAGCAAGGGGCCGACAACAUGCUCGUCUGACAUUCUUCAAGACUUUGUGCCGCCAUACGAUGCAACGUGCGUCCAGUCCCUCACAUCGGCCGGCGCGCACAUUGUCGGCAAGACCAAGAUGGACGAGUUUGGCAUGGGAUCGCAAACAACUCACCUGCCACCAUCGUACACGCCAGUGCAUAACCCGUCGGGUCCCCCGAGCGAUACGCUGCCCCGGUCAGCGGGCGGCAGCUCGGGCGGUUCGGCAGCAGCGGUCGCCGAAGGAAGCUGCUGGGCUGCUUUGGGAACAGACACGGGCGGCUCGGUCCGCCUCCCGGCGAGCUACUGCGGGGUAGUGGGACUCAAGCCGAGCUACGGCCUGAUUAGCCGGUACGGUGUCGUCGCGUACGCCGACUCGCUCGACUGUGUCGGUGUGCUUGGAAAGUCUGUCGACUUGGUGGAGAAGGUGUUCGGCGUGGUGUCCCACCCCGACGAGAACGACAUGACCUGCGUGUCGGAGGAGAACAGGCAGACGGCGUCGUCAAUCCUCGACGCGUACUCACCCUCGUCGUCGUCUCUGGCGGGUCUGCGCAUCGGCCUGCCUAUCCAGACGCACCUGGAAGCGCCCAAUGUCCAGCUGCCGACGUCGCUGCUGGAGCACUUCAAGUCGCUCGGCGCGACGCUGCACCCUGUCGACAUGCCGAGCCUGACCAUGGCGCUCCCGGCGUACUAUGUGCUCGCCAGUGCUGAGGCGGCGAGCAAUCUCGGCCGGUUCGGUGGCGGGUGGUACGGCUCGGAGUGGGAGCGCGAGCGCGUGGAGGGCGAAUCUGGCGCUGCGAGGCGGCGGCGGAUCAGAACGCAGGGUUUCGGGCCCGAGGUCCGGAAGCGUAUCCUCGCGGGAACAUAUGCGCUGACAGCGGAUGCGUUCAACAACUCGUAUCUCAAGGCGCUGCACCUUCGCCGCCUGGUGAGGAAAGAGUUCGGGGCCGUCUUCCGCAUCCCCCACCCCCUGGCGCCGGGCGAGGCGCCCGGCCACGGCGUCGACCUCCUCCUUCACCCUACCGCCGUGCGCACGGCCCCAAGACUGGGCGAGGACAACGGCGAGCCAGAGUACCUGCAGGACGUGUUGACCGUGCCGGCGUCGCUGGCCGGUCUCCCCGCAAUGUCGGUGCCGGCUGGCCGUGGAGCGGACGGGUGGCCGAUCGGCGUGAGCCUCGUCGGCCAGUGGGGCAUGGAGGACAUUGUCUUCCGUGCGGGUCGUGCUGUUGAGCAGUGGAAGUAGCGUGGUAGUUUGUGUUGUGUUCCAGGAACCCCCUAGCAUUGGUCUCGUUGUGUCUCUCUCCUUUCCUUUUUGAUGAUAAUCGGCGCAUGGGCCGCAUGACAUGUUACAGUGUGUG